UGGAGGGAAAGGGCUGGGCCGCGCUCACCAGAAGUCCCCGGAGCAGCUGCGGGGCUGAGCAGGAGCGGCAGCGGAAGCUGCGGGCACCCAGCAGACAGUGGGUGCCAUGGAGUCGGAACCCUCGCUGUCCCCCACGCUUUCCCGCUCCAUCAAGGAGGAGCUGCUCUGCGCCGUCUGCUACGACCCCUUCCGGGAUGCGGUGACGCUGCGCUGCGGCCACAACUUCUGCCGCGAGUGCGUGACCCGCUGCUGGGAGGUGCAGACGACGCCCACCUGCCCAGUGUGCAAGGACCGGGUGGCGCCCGCCGACCUGCGCACCAACCACACCCUCAACAACCUGGUGGAGAAACUGCUGCGCGAGGACACCGAGGGCGGGCGCUAUGCCGGCCACCGCUCCCCGCGCUUCUGCCGCGCGCACCGCGGCCAGCUCAGCCUCUUCUGCAUUGAGGACAAGGAGCUGCUGUGCUGCUCGUGCCAGGCCGACCCCCGGCACCUGGGGCACCGCGUGCAGGCGGUGAAGGACACUGCCCACGACUUUCGGGCUAAGUGCAGGAACAUGGAGCACUCGCUGCGGGAGAAAGCCAAGGCCUUCUGGGCCAUGCGGCGCUCUUACGAGGCCAUUGCCAAGCACAAUCAGGUGGAGGCUACCUGGCUGGAACGGAGAAUCCGGCAGGAGUUUGAAAAGCUUCGAGAGUUCUUAAGAGGGGAGGAGCAGGCCAUCCUGGAUGUCAUGGCCGAGGAGGCGAGGCAGAAGCAGCAUUUGGUGGAGGAGAAGAUGAAGCAGCUCAAGAAAGACACAGAGACUCUAGCCCAUGAGAUUGAGCGGCUGCAGAUGGAGAUGAAGGAAGAUGAUAUUUCUUUUCUCAUGAAACACAAGAGCCGAAAACGCCGCCUCUUCUGCACCAUGGAGCCAGAGCCUGUGCAGCCUGGCAUGCUGAUCAACGUUUGCAAGUACCUAGACUCCCUGCAGUACCGUGUCUGGAAGAAGAUGGUCAUGUCUGUUGAAACUGUGCCCUUCAGCUUUGAUCCCAACACCGCGGCGGGCUGGCUGGCUGUGUCCGAGGACCUCACCAGUGUCACCAACCACGGCUACCGAGUGCAGGUGGAGAACCCGGAGCGCUUCUCCUCGGCGCCCUGCCUGCUGGGCUCCCGCUCCUUCUCCCAUGGCUCCCACGCCUGGGAGGUGGACCUGGGGGGGCUGCCCAGCUGGCGGGUGGGCGUGGUGCGCAUGUGCCUAGAAACUGGCCCCGAGGGCUACUCCCACAGCUGCUACCAGGACACUCGCUCUGGUUUCUGGUACCUGUGCCGCACGCAGGGAGUGGAGGGCGACCACUGCGUGACCUCAGACCCGGCCACAUCACCACUGGUCCCCUCCAUCCCGCGCCGCCUGCGUGUGGAGCUGGAAUGUGAGGAGGGCGAGCUGUCCUUCUACGAUGCUGAGCGCCAGUGCCACCUCUACACCUUCCAUGCCCGCUUUGGGGAGGUGCGGCCCUACUUCUACCUGGGGGGCACCCGGGGGAACGGCCCCCCGGAGCCUCUGCGCAUCUGUCCCCUGCGCAUCACUGUCAAGAAGGAGCUGGAUACCUGAGGCCGGCGGGGAGCCUGCCAGAUGCUGCCCGGGUGUUCUGCCAUGGUCCUGCUUUCUUUCUGUCCCUCUUUCUCAAGCCCACACUCACCUGGACACCUCUCCGUCCUGCUUUCUUGCCGGGAUCUGGCUACUAACUGUCUAACCCUUUUCCGUGGCUCCAGGCCCCAAGCCCCCCUCUUCAUCUUUGGCCUUUUCUGUACCCACAGUUGAACAUCAUCCAGGAGAUAGCUCACGGGCCAGGCUCUCCCCAGAGUCCUGGCAUCUUCGGGAUGUGAAUUUCCUUCCUUCUAACUCCAGGAUUUCUGGAGACAAAGUUUGCCUCUAGAGUAAGACCUGUUUUAAAAAUGUUUUUAAUGUAGGUUUUAUUAUUCAGGUAUGAGGAGGCCAACAGACCAGGAGUCAGCUGCCAUUGAGAAGAGUUUGUUACUUAUUGUUCCUAAGAGGAAGGGCCGUGCUAUGGGGUGGGGGACACAGAGGGAAGCACCAAGUCCCCCUAGGACAGUGGUCGGCAAACUGCGGCUCACGAGCCACAUGCGGCUCUUUGGCCCCUUCAGUGUGGCUCUUCCACAAAAUACCACGUGCGGGCGCGCAUGUACAGUGUGAUUUAAACUUGGUGGCCUGUGCGCAAAAGUCGGUAUUUUGUGGAAGAGCCACACUCAAGCGGUCAAAGAGCUGCAUGUGGCUCGCGAGACACCGUUUGCCGACCACUGCCCUAGGAGGCAGCGGGAGUGACGGGGGUGCAUAAGCAGGAGACUAGUGUUUUCACAGGAAGGAACAGAUGAGGCAGGUACAGGGUGGACAGGUUUAGGAUUGGUUGGUUUAGCUAACCCUGGGAGGGGCAGUUCCCAUAGUCGGUGAGCUCCAGAUUUCAGAGUAUCAAGAAUAUAGAUAUAGAUAGAUAGAUAUAAAUACAGAACCAUGGCUGUGGCUUUGGGGCAGGACCAGGACUCGGCUCACCUGUCACUUUAAACCAGUAUUUUAACACUGCCACAGAGCCUCCCUGGGGGUCCUCGAGGCCCGAGGCGAGGAUGCCCAUCCGAUCAACUCUUAUUUAACUCUUUAUAUUUCUUGGAUGAUUUCCUCUGAACAGAGGGUUCCAGAGCACUUAAAACAAAUUUUAGAACCAUGGUUUAGGCCCGUUCCCUCUCUGGUCCUGGGUUUCCCCGUCCGUAAAUGAGGCAGCGGGACUGGAGGAUGACGUGCUUCCGUAACUGCUGUGGAGGAAACUCCUCGUCGCUGUUACAAAGGUAGGAGAAGGGGAGGAAAGAGGGUGCAGUCCAAUGCGCAGGGAGUGAGAAGGGAAGGAGAUGCUCGUUCUUGUUCUGCUGCCUUUUGUGUUUUUAUCCCGAUUUCUUCUCCCUCUGCCAUGCCUGCCAGCUAUGUACCUCCAUCUUUUUUUCCUCAUGCAUGCCUACAGGUAAUUUUAAUGGUCAAAUCACCAUGUCCCGGGGACAGCAUUGUAAAAGGAAAAUAAUUUUUUAUAGUAGCGAUGUUCUCUCUGGGGGAGUGCGUUCCUGACCGAGGAUUGACAUUCUUUCUCCUGCCUGCGCCCCCGGUUCACAGAAACGGAUAUUUUAUACAGACAUGAUGACUCAAAACUAUAAAUUGGUUAUAAAUGUGGUGAGUACUUUGGCAGGGGGCCAUGGGAAGGAUGUGGUAGGAAAUACCGCUGAGUAAAGGCAAGCAGGUCGGGAGUGGGGAUGCUGACACACUCAUGAGCGGCCCCUCCAGAGGACUCAGACUUGGAAAAGCUCAAAGCACUUUGAUACUAAACACGUGAGGCCAGUGCGCACUCUACAACAAAGUAUUUAUCAAGCCCUUCUAAUAUAAUUUCCAUGUAAUUAUCUUGACUGGAAGUUUUGUUAGUUAUAGUAAACUUUUAAAAAUGUUUUUUAUUUCCAUCUUACAUGUUGGAAAAGUUGUGUGUUUUUACAGCUUGAUUUGGAUAGACUAGGUCCCUUUUAUGAAAAUAAAAAUAUUUGAGCUAAAACCCACUUGUUUUGACAUUUUCCUUUUAGUGUUCUCGUAAGCAAAAGUUCAUCCAUGUUGUAGCAUGUAUUCAACUUUAUUCCUUUUUAUUAUUGGACUAGAGGCCCAGUGCACAAAAUUUGUGCACUGGGGGUGGGGGGUGUCCCUCAGCCCAGCCUGUGCCCUCUCACAGUCCAGGAGCCCUUGGGGGAUGUCUGACUGCUGGCUUAGGCUUGCUCCCUGAGUGGGCCUAAGCCGGCAGUCAGACAUCUUUAGCACUGCCACCACUGCUGCUGCAUUCCCCAGCCAUGGGCCCGGUUUCUGAGCAGCACUCCCCCUGUGGGAGCACACUGACCACCAGGGAGCAGCUCCUGAGUUGAGCGUCUGCCCCCUGAUGGUCAGUGCACGUCAUAGCGACCGGUCAUUCCAUCGUUCAGUCGAUUUGCAUAUUAGCCUUUUCUUAUAUAGGAUAAUAUUCUGUCGUAUGCAUAGACUACAUUUUAGUUAUCCAUUUAUCUUCCCUCGAACCCUCUCCUAUCCUCAUCUUCCACUCUCACUUGUCCCUGGUUCACUCUCCUGCUCAUCACUGCAUUCUGACUGAAGAUGCAGCCUCUGCUUCUCCCAACUUCAGCUCGUCCCAUGUGCUGCUGCCAGACAUUAGCUUCAGCCUCACCCGUCACCUGAGUGACCCCCAGUCCUCCCUGCCCAGGUGCAGUUAGUCCUCCAGGGCAGUGUUUGGAGCUCAUCUUUCCCCAGCUCUGCCUUUGGACCCACACUGCCCGGCCUUCCAUCACACACACUCCCCCUUCCGGCCGGACUUCUGACCCUUCAGACCCAGCCGCCUGGCUUCCUGCAUACAGCUGGUGGUUUGAGUUGGAAUGUCCUGACACCGGUUCUUCUGUCUGUUCUCAUAUUGGCUCCACCGCGUCCGUGCUGUGUCUCCUUGGGCACACGCUUUACUUUCCUGAGUUCAUGUCCCCGUCUGUAAAAGGGGGGCCACCCCCACCUUGUAAAGGUCUGGUGCAGCUGCCUGCACGGUGCUGUCCCACGUGAGCACUUCACAGUGGCAGCCACUGGAAGCGGACAGAGGAGAUCAUGUAUUUUCCCUCAUUGACCACCCCCCCCCCCCGGCCCCCCGCCUAACUCCCCAUCACGCCCACAUCAGCCACCAGUUAUGUGUUGGGUCAGAAUUAAGUGUGCUGUGGGCAUCUUCCUUGCUUCCUCCUGUGUGUGGUGGGUGAAAUUUCUCUCAAGAAUCUGUUGAUGAGAAUACUGGAACUCUCUCAUGACCCCCGUAGUUUGUGAAGUGGCAGUACCAGGAUCUUCAGCACGGAGUGACUGUGCCAUCCUGGAGUUUACCCUUAAAGUGACAUUCAGAGCCCUCUCACCUUUGCCACCAUUCUCUGCACAGACUGCCCAGCCUCCCAGAGCCCCAGGCACAUGCGCAUCCCUGGGAGCUGCUUGGUAGUUAUGCCCGCAGGGCCUGUGCCCUCCCAAAUAUGCCUUCAGUUGUCCUUGAAGUGGUGCCUUCUGAGACCUCCCUGGGCUGCCACUGCACGUUGUCCGUUCUGCUGAAAGGUUCCUUGGUGGCAGAGCUGCUUCUGCUGUCCUCCCCCAUGGAAACGGGUGCAGGAAGCAGCCCUCUUCAUCUCCUGCCAGUUCCAGAGACGCUGCCGGGCGUAGCAAAUGCGUACUGAGUUGUAUAGCCGAGGUUGGGGAGGCUGUCCCUGAAAACUCCACAGGACCGGCAGCGUCUUCAGUAAGGAGAACAUGGCCCAGAGCCUAAAACUCCGUUUCCUGGUUCCAGACACCAACUGUAUCAGGAGCUGCCUGGACCUUUAGAACCUCUGCUCCCAUCUAAGAUGAGGAUUACGAUUUCACCUCAGGCUGUUGUGAGGAUUAAAUCAGGCAGUUCUUUUGGUACAAAUGCCAUGUGUGCUAUCUUAAAUAGUAUAGACUUAAUGAUAGAUGUUGGCUAAUCCUUCGGAAGGUGGGACGUUCUGAAUGUUGAUGUUGUGUUUCACGUUAAUAAAGAAUCCCAAAGGAAAUUGAGACAUCUAAGUUAUCUGUAUUAGGAGUGCCCCAAUUUCUUGAGAUUUUUAACAAGGAUGUGUACAUAAAACUUACGUUUCUGAAAAAUUUCAAUAACAUGGGAAAUGGUUAUGUUGUACUAACCAAGAAAAACAGGAUUCAGAGUUAUGCCUACAGACAUUCAACACACACAAAAAAGACAAGCGGGCCCUGGCCAGUGUGGCUCAGUUGAUUGGAGCAUCGUCCUGUGCAUCGAAGGGUCACAGGUUUGAUUCCCAGUCAGGGAAAUACCCAGGUUGUGGGUUUGAUCCCUGUUCUGGGCAUGUACAGGAGGCAACUGAUUGAUGUUUCUCUCUCACAUCAAUGUUUCUGUUUCUCUCCCUUUCCUUUCCUCUCUAAAAGCAAUAAAAGCACAUCCUUGGGUGAAGAUUUUUUUUAAAAGACAGGUGGGAUCUUGUCUCUAAUUUUUGGGUACUAUUUGAUUAGAGCAUUCAUUUAUGUGGCUGUAAAUUCCAAAAGUACAGAAAGUACUAGAACAGUCUCCCACUUUUUCCCACUCAGCUCCCCUCCUUGUGGACAAUCAUACUACCAUUUAAAAAAAUCCUUCCAGAUAGAUUCUGUGCACAGUAAUAUGGUUUAUGAGUAUAUCUGGUUCUCCCAAAACACUGUAAUUUAAAAGCAGAUAUUCUAGAUCUGUAUCUCUAAGCAACCCAACAAGAGGAGAAAAAUAAGGGAUAUUAAAAUAAUUUCAUCAUGGGUAUCUUCAUGUAGUAAGUUCCACUGGUGGAUUGAGCUUUUUGUUCUCAUUUUAACUAUUUCACCUGAGGGUUGUUGUUUUUUUUUAAUAUAUUUUUAUUGAUUUCAGAGAGAAGGGAAAUGUAGAGAGGUAGAAACAUCAAUGAUGAGAGAGAAUCACUGAUUGGCUGCCUCCUGCAUGUUCCACCCUGAUGACCAAACCUGCAACCCAGGCAUGUACCCUGACUGGGAAUCGAACCGUGACCUGCUGGUUGACGCUCAACCUCUGAGCCAUGCCAACCGGGCACACCCUAGGGUUUUAAAACGGGGAAAAACUAGGUGGAAUCUAGUUGCCCCUGACAUUAGAAGAUAAACCUCAAACCUGAGACCUCAAUUUACAUUUAGAAAAGCUCAGUCCUCACAAAAAUAUCUAGUGACCUAAAUAGGCUAGUGGUUAGGAGGUUGGGAUAUGGGAUUGGACAAGCUGGGUUCACUCACUCAACCACUGUGACCUUGGGAGAGUUACUUAACCUCUCAGUGCCUUAGUUUCCUCGCGUGAAAGAGGGAGAUAAUAUGAUACCUUAAGAUUCAUGGAGACAACCUACCUCCUAAGGUGGUUAUGAGAUUAAAUGGGCAAAUGUGUGAAACACUUAGAAUAGGGUCUGGUUCAUGCUUGGCAGUUGUGAGUCUCCUAUUGUGUGACCUGGCCCUGCUACUAAAGAGCUGUGAGACUUCAGAUAAACUUCGGUAAGCAGGGAAACUAGGCCACUUGCAUAUUGUUUUCGAGGUCUUUUCCAAUUCUAAAGUCCUGUGUAUUGUGUCACUAGCAAAAGCCUAGUUUCUUGCAUGCAGCAGGGAGUGCCGCUGACCAAUAUUCAGCAACCUCGGUGUGGUGCCAGGAGCUUUGCCUCCAGUUUUGAGUCUAGAGAAAAAGAAGCCUACGGAGUCUUAACGUCUGACGUAUAGAAAAGGUUCUUCUAGAGAGGAGCAGGUCUCGGGAAAUCGUUCCUUAAAUUAGUAGCCAGCCGUGCACAAUACAACUGUAUUGUCAUGUCCCAGUGAUGGCUCAUGUGCUUGCCUGUAUGUGCCAGACUGUGGAUGUCAGAUACUGACUCACAUCUACCAUGAAUAUGAUCUCAGCGGCAGCAGAGCUAUUUGGAUCGGGCCAAACGAUGACUGUUUGUGGUGGGGGUUGUAGCAUCUCCCUUCAAGCUUUCAGAAAGAAAAUGCAGCGUCUUACACUGACCUGUGCCUCCCAUUCCUUCCCCUGGCGACGAUUGGAGGACCAGGCAAGACAGAGUCAAUGACCCUUACAGCCCGAUGCCUUCAGGCGGAAGGAAGCCCUCCUGCGCUGGAUGCUCUUUGUCCUUGGUGGUGGGUGUCACUCGGUGGGUUUCUUUUGCUAGGGAACAGGCUGGGGAAGAUGGGAGGCUUUGGUUUCUAUGGAUACUGGGAUAGCUUGGAUUUGCAUAAUAUAUUUCGGAGAACAGACAAUCUGGGAACAAUGUGGACCCAGGAGGAACAUACCGGCACAUGGAAACAAGUUGGGUGGUCAGGCUCCAUUGCAGCCCUCCUCCAGGGACAGCCUGGGAUCCAACCCUCUUUCUUUGGAGAGGUGGCAACGUGGAGCCCUGAGGAUCAAGGGAGGCAGUGGAUGAACAGCGUCCCCCACAGGGCACAGCACACACUUGGGGCUCAACAAAUGCUCAGGCUCUUGCCUCCCCCUUUAUGUCAGCCCUGGGCUAGAGGGGUCCUUGAUGAACUCUACUAGCCUAUGAAAUUUCCUUGUUUACUUACAAAGCAUUCCACAUGUGCCCUCUCAUAUUAAUCUCCUCUGCCACCUAAUGACUAUGUGAGAUAGGCUCAAGAGGCUGGAAGACAAGUCCAAGGUCACAUGAGUGAUUGAUAGCAGAGCCAGACCUCAAUCCCAGGCCUAUAGUGACAUCCACAAAUCCCAAAACAUCUAGGUUUUACAGCAAUAAAUGUGACAUGAUUGUGGCAGUUCAGCUUGUAUGGGAAAGGGAGUGUGGAUAAAAAGAGAUGGGAGCUAGAAAUACUGGAGGUAAGACGGUCAGGACGAUUGUGAAGAAUGGACCAGGUGAAGGAAGUCAGGAGAGCCAUGGUGACCUGGUUUCUGGCUUUCGUGGUGUGUUCGUCACGGAGGCUUUUGUGGUGUGUCAGAGACUGGAGGAAGCAGGCGGGUUUAGUGUUCUGUGUGGGAACAUUGUGGUGGAAGAGAAGACCGUUAGAUACAGCUCUGUAGCUCUGCAUCUGUAUGGGAGAUGCAGAGUGAGGAGUUGGCAGGGUUGUCUUGUUGAAGCUACUGGAGUCUGCGCUCUCACAUGGCGGUUGUCUAGAGCAGCGGUCGCCAACCGGUGGUCUGUGAGGUCCGAACGGUUGGUUGGCAACCGCUGGUUUAGAGUAAAAGGAGCGGGACAGGUCUUGGGAGCAUUGAUACAUUUAGAGGUGGGCCGAGAUCUCUGGGUUAAAGACUCAAGAAGUGAAUAGAGAAGCAGAAGCAGAGAAGGUGAUGGGAAAGAAAACAAAACAAAACAAAA